CGACGGAGACUCCGGCUGACAUUCCGCUGCUAGUCGUUGAUCAGUGAGCGCGUGUAUUUCGCUCAUUUCGGUCCACAAACUUUCAUCGUUCGCACAGUUCGCUGUAAACAUUUUCCACGCUUCACGAAAGCAUUUACAAACUGUUUUAACAUUUUGGGACUGUUAAUAUUUGCCGUGUAGAGCGUGAGCCAUAAGUGACUCUAUAAACUGAUUGAUAAAUAAAAAGUUUUGUGUAUUUGUAUUUCGUGAUUGUUUGGUGUUAAAGACAGAUUGGAUUUUUUAUUACCUUACUUGUGGGUUAAUAACGCAAGACAGAAUUAUUAGAGAAUAAAAUUCGCCUGUGUAAUGUCCGAGUGACGGUUCCAUCAUGAUUCGUGAUCCGCCUGCCAUGCAUAAACCUGAUAAUUCAACAAGUCAGCAAGAAGAAAACAAAUAUGGACUCAACAGCAGCGUCACGGGGAACACUGGCGGGGCGAGAUUGUGCGCGCAGUGCGGCAAAGUCAUCACCGAGAGGUUCCUCCUGAAGGCGAUGGAACGGUUCUGGCAUGAAGACUGUCUCAAAUGCGGCUGCUGCGAUUGCCGCCUCGGCGAAGUUGGCUCCAAAUUGUACUAUAAAGCUGAUCUCAUGCUCUGCAAAAGAGAUUAUCUUAGGUUAUUCGGUGCUACUGGCAAUUGUGUGGCGUGCAAUAAAGUAAUUCCCGCCUUUGAAAUGGUUAUGCGAGCGAAGAGUUUUGUUUACCAUUUAGAGUGUUUCGCUUGUCAACAAUGCAAUCACAGGUUCUGCGUUGGUGACAGAUUUUAUCUAUGUGACAACAAAAUACUUUGCGAAUAUGAUUAUGAAGAGAGGCUAGUUUUUGCCAGCAUGGCCGCUAAUCCUAGCGGCUUAGCUCACAUCCGGCGACAAGUCAGCGGACUCCAGUCACCCAGCGGUGGUUACGUAGGCGGCGCCGCGUGCGCAGGCAACGUGGCGAUAGUCGAGAAGGACAACGGCGGGUGCGCGGGCGCGGACGACGCCUCCAGCGGCUACGGCAGCCCGCCCGACCCCGACGUGUGCGACGCGGCGCGAUGACCGACGAUGCCGCGCCGACAUCUUGCCUCGGUGAAACCGCACUGAGAGAUUGGGACGGCGCACUGCUGUACGAAUUCCGCAAUACAAUUACAUCAUCAGCCAAUUGAAGAAAUUAGUUGCAAUUUUAUUACAUUAAAAUUUAAAAUAGUAACAACCCCAACAUGUAAUUAAACCCAUACAUCACGUUUAGUUUCAAUUAUUCAACUUCGUUCCUUCAAUAACCGCAUUUCGUAUUAAAGACAAAUGAUAAACUUUAGAUGUACCUAUGAGACAUAUUUGUAAAACCGGCUAAGUGCAAAAUUACAUCAUAGUAUUUCGACGAACAUGCUUUAAAAGCACCGCAGGAGUACAUUAGGCUAGAGUCGGGCCAUGGAUCCGGCCACUUUAGAAAAUGUCCGGGAUGAGUCGCGAUAACGUUGUCAGAACACGAUAUUUCCAUUAUGUAUACGAUUUGAGUCUACAUGUUAAGAUAGCUUCGCGUGGGUAGGACGCGAACUCUUGCUUGUAUGGUAUUGUAACAUAAUACGUCUCGCGCUUAGCCUCUUAUCCACUCUGAGUAAUUUAUCUAUAUUACAGAAAUAAUUAGAUGCAUAUAUUUUUAUGGUUUAAGUUAAGAUACUUUAUCUUCAUAAUAGUGAACUUUCAUACAACGAGUCAGGUCCACAAAAUGUAAUUAAUUGAUGAAAUCGAUCUCAUUGUUAUGAAAUUUAUGUACACUAGUGUACCUAAUGUUGUUAUCAUACAAGGUAUGAACUUUUAUUGUGGAUAUAAUUUACUUUUAUUUCAUUAUAAAUUGGUUACGUAGAUAUUAUUUUAAUGUUAUUUUUGCCAAAGAUAAUUUGUCCUUGCAAGGAUUUAUAUCUUCACCUGUAAGAUAUUUUAUUUGUUUAUUAGAUAAUACCUGUAUUGGUACUCUGAAGUGGUGCAAUGGUAUGUAGAUAAGUAUAAUUGUAUAAAUAUUAUAAUUAGAAAUAAUAGGUCGACUAUAAUUUCCGUUUCUUGCGCCGUCGCUUUAUUAAAAUGUUAAGAAUGUUAAUAAACAGAAAUGACAUUUGUUGUUGUAAAUGUAAAUACAUAAACAUUUAUUUUUCGAAUCUGCGUGUUUCAAUGUGAGCAAGCGGAUGCGAUUGAAAAUAUUGAAAUGCUUAUACAUAAUAUUAACUUACUUUAUAUCAUUUGAAUUAUAGAAGGUAUUUCAGAUCUGAAUAAUUAUUUGAAUGACAAAUAAAUAAAAAAGCCAAACAAUUAAAUCGCAUAUGUUUGCUCUUACACGUGAAUCAGUGCGUAAUAACUCUACAUUGUAAAGUAUGCUUCAAUUACUUUUCAGACGAUAGAGAUUGAUGGACGUUAAAAUUUCUACAAUGAAUGAUGUAAUUUAUGUAAAAAUGGAGCUGUCGUUAUUUAGAUGUAAUAAUUAGGUUAAAACGUUUUGUCUAUCACUUAACAAUAUAGAGAGUAAUAAUAUAUAAAACUUUCUCAAACAUCGACCGAUACAAAUUUCAUUUCGCCGUUAUUCUGUAAAUAAAUAUAUUUAUUUAAAGUAAAA